AUGGACGACCUCCUCGACCUAUCGUGGUCCGAGCAGCCCAAUCCCGCCGCAAAGGGCAUGGGUGGCUCGGCGUUCGACAUGCUAUCCCGGCCACAAGGGAACUACUAUUCGGGCGCGUCCACACCAGCCGCGUCCAAGCCCGCGUCCAACACUGGCUCGUCAGCGAACCUUGCGGGUAUGAGGGCCACACCAGGCCUGCGGACCACAGCAUCUCCACGCCCACCUCCAGUCAGCGAUGCUUUCUCCGGGCUACUCGGUGCUUCCACCGCCCCAGGAGGAAAGAGCUUGAGCAUGGCGGAACGACAGGCGCAGCUAGCCGCGCAGAAGGCCAACGCGGCCGAAGAGGAGCGCAACCGCUGGGGAGACGAUGCGUUCUGGGACCAGCUCGGUGGCUCCUCCACCUCUUCCGCUGCGCCCGCGUCUGAGAAGCCGCUGAUGGCGCCUCAACCUGCGAAGCCCAUCAGCCUGGCACCAGCGCUCCAGCCUUCAUCCACGACCGGCUCGCGUGCCGCGUCUACCAGACCGACCUCCGCCACUAGUGCAAAGAAGAGUGCUGGUACCUUCUGGGACGUGGAGAGCGCCCUUGGCCAGCCUGACAAACGCAAGAAGUCGCCGUCCCCUCCAUCGAAGGGAGGCUGGGGUGGUGGCGACUUCCUCAACGGCUCGAAGCCGGCUCCCGCAGAAGCCCCUCAAAAGGACGAGAUCUCGUGGGACGACAAUGACGGACUCCUCGGCUCAAGUUCCAAGCCCACCCCGUACUCUGGCCCGGCUGACCCGUGGGACUUUGACGCAUUGUCCUCCAGCAUCCCCGCCAAGAGUGCGCCUGCAGUAGACUAUGGAGGCGACGACGACGACCUGCUCGGCGAGCUCGGGCGGCCUGCGAGGAAACCCAGCCCGCGUGCUGAGCCCCAACCAAACUCACGACCCUCUUCCCGGCCGGUAUCGCGCCCUGCCUCGCGGCCGUCCGGCGCACGCGCAAGCUCACCUCCUCCGCACGUCAUCGGCCAGAUCGUCGAGAUGGGCUUUCCUCCCGACAAGGCGCGCGCGGCGCUCGCGGCCACCGCGACGGGCGAAGACGUGCAGGCUGCGCUUGAGAGCCUGCUCGCGAGUCGUGGUGGGACACCUGCACGCGACACCAGAGACGAGGAGGAUGAGUGGGACCGCGAACGUGCAGCCGCGCGGCGGUACGAAGACGACGAGCGGGAUCGAGAGGCAGCCAGACGCGCACGGCACGCAGCGCGGCGGGCUGGGCCCAAGCGUGAGGCAGUGCGCCCUCGUGCUGAGGAAUACGGCGGGCCAAGCGGGAUGAACACGGACGACCUGACCAAACAGGCUGAGCAGGUCGUGGCGCAGGCGCACGAGUUCGGUGCCACCAUGCUCAGCAAGGGCUUGUCGUUCUGGAACCAGGGCAAGGAGAGGGCGAUGAAGGCAUACGAGGACCAGAGAAAGGCCUACGACGCCCACCACAACGACGGGCCGCCGACGGAUGGGCGGCCCCGUUGGAUGGUCGAGGCGGAGGAGGCUGAGCGCGGUGGGCUGCCGCUGAGCCACGAGUUUGGUGACGCGUCGCUUGGGUUCAAGGACUCGGAUGACGAGGGCGAGGCGCCCCGGCCAAAGGCCCAGCUGCAGCAAGCCAGGCGUCCGGAGGCGAGGCCUGAACCGCAGCGGCCACGUACGGAUGGUCCGGCCCCGCCCAGCAACGUCCAACGCAUCUCCAACCUCCUGGGUGGCGAGCCGAAGAAAUACGUCUCGCCGCACCGGCAUCCGAAGAGUCGCGCGUCACCUGCGCCACAGGCUGCGCCGCGGGCUACGCCGCGGACCACCACGCCUGCUCGCCCGCCCUCGCCGCUGAAGGAACGAGCUCUCGUUUCGGCGCCUGCUAACGCGCUGUCGACGGCAGCGCAGCACAAGAAUGUGGGCAACGAGCACUUCAAGCUCGGUCGCUUCACCGAGGCCGAGGCUGCUUACUCGCGCGCGAUCGUGGUUCUGCCAGCUGGUCAUCUGCAUCUCGUACCGCUGCACAACAACCGCGCGGCCACGUGGCUCAAGCUCGGCGAGCCGGCGCGCGCGGCGGCCGACUGCGGAACGGUGAUCGAGCUGAUUGGUGCGGGGUAUCAUCCUGCGAAGGAGGCCGCUCUUCCCGCCACACCCGAUGCCGACGGAGUCAAGCUCGGCGACGCACUCGUCAAGGCGACUGCAAAGCGGGCGCAGGCGCACGAGAUGGGGGAGAAGUGGAAGCUCGCGCUGGACGACUGGGAGCGCGUGCUGGGGUACGAUGCCGCGUUGGGCGGUGCAGCGCUCAAGGGACAAGCGAGCGACGGCGUCCGCCGCUCCAAGGGCAUGCUCUCCGGCCCAGCGCCAGCUGUGAAGGCCACGCCGAAGGCUACCCCGCGUGCUACCCCUCGGCCUGUCCGGCCCGUCGACGUUGGCAAGUCGGCAGCCGUGUCGGAACUUCGCGCCGCCGCCGCCGCUGCCGAGGCCGAGGACGAGCAACGCGCAGCUCUCAAAGACGGCAUUGACGCCAAACUCUCUACAUGGCGCACUGGCAAGGAGACUAACAUCCGCGCGCUUCUUGCGUCACUCGACCUCGUGCUCUGGCCCGAGGUCGUGCUCAAGGUCGGAAUGCACGAGCUGGUAACCGACAAGCAGGUCAAGAUCAAGUACAUGAAGGUCAUUGCACGGCUGCACCCGGACAAGCUGGCUGGCGCGACCGUCGAGCAGCGCAUGAUGGCCAACGGCGUGUUUGGCACCCUGAGCGAGGCAUGGGCUGCGUUCAACGCUUAG